CCUCUGAGGAGGUGGCUCCUCCCCCCCAGCAGAGCUUCAUGAUCCCCAAAAAGGAGAUAAACAUGGUGUCCGACAUGGCCAAGUGGAAGCGCUCUCAGGCGUACGCAGAUUACAUGGGCUUCAUCCUCACUCUGAAUGAAGGUGUCAGGGGCAAGAAGCUGACCUGCGAAUACAAAGUUUCAGAGCCCAUUGAAAAGCUGGUGGCUCUUCUGAACACCCUCGACAGAUGGAUCGAUGAAACCCCGCCAGUGGAUCAACCUUCUCGCUUUGGGAACAAAGCCUUCAGGACCUGGUAUGCCAAACUAGACCAGGAAGCAGAAAAGUUGGUGGCAACAGUGAUUCCCAAACAUUUGGCUGAUGCUGCACCAGAAGUGGCCGUGUACCUGAAGGAAUCCGUGGGGAACUCCACCCGCAUUGACUAUGGCACAGGGCACGAAGCUGCGUUUGCAGCCUUUCUCUGCUGCCUCUGCAAAAUCGGUGUGCUCCGAGUGGAUGACCAGAUGGCCAUCGUCUUUAAAGUAUUUAACAGGUACCUAGAGGUGAUGCGAAAACUUCAGAAGACCUACAGGAUGGAACCUGCUGGCAGCCAGGGCGUGUGGGGCUUGGAUGACUUCCAGUUUCUACCUUUCAUAUGGGGCAGUUCCCAGCUGAUAGACCAUCCAAAUCUGGAGCCUCGACACUUUGUUGAUGAGAAGGUGGUAAACGAAAACCAUAAGGACUUCAUGUUCCUGGAGUGCAUCCUCUUCAUUACAGAGAUGAAGACGGGCCCCUUCGCUGAGCACUCCAACCAGCUCUGGAACAUCAGCGCCGUGCCCUCCUGGUCCAAGGUCAACCAGGGCCUCAUCCGCAUGUACAAGGCAGAGUGCCUGGAGAAGUUUCCUGUGAUCCAGCACUUUAAGUUCGGCAGCCUGCUCCCCAUCCAGCCUGUGACGUCCUAAGGAGGCCGCGGGAGGAGUCGAGGCAGCGGAGGCGUAGCGCGGCGCUCUUCCUCCUCCCCUCACCCCCUCCUCAUCACCUUGCCCGUUACACACAGCCCAUUCAUUCCUGCACAUCCGCAUAGCAGCCACAGAUCCAAAGCACCCGCCGGCCUUGCACGGGAGACGGGACCCGGAGCGGCUCCUCCUGCACGUCCCCAGCACGGGGAUGUCUCGCCGGCGACCGCGCCAGGGCUGUGCUUCCCCGCUCCGCUGCGUCCCUGCGGCUGCGGGCGUGUGAACGGGGUUGGAAUAGGGGCUGCCUUGCAGCACAGGCCCUCUGCUUCCCUUCCAAAGAGGAAGGGGGUGUGGAGGGGAGGAAGGCACGUGUGUAUGUGUUGGGCAGUGGUAACUGCAAUUUCCCUUUUGAAUUUCAUUGAACUUUCCUGUUGCUGUUUGAUUUGGGAAACCACUGCGAGGGGCGAGGUGUGAGGCUGCACGUG